AGAAUUCAAUCAGACACAAUCUGUCCCUUCACAAUCGGUUCAUGCGGGUACAAAACGAGGGUACGGGGAAAUCAUCAUGGUGGAUGAUCAAUCCUGACGCGAAGCCGGGCAAGUCCGUCAGACGACGGGCUGCAUCGAUGGAGACGUCCAAAUUCGAAAAACGAAGAGGCAGAGUAAAGAAGAAGGCUGAAGCAUUACGAAACGGCGCACCAGCAGACGCCACCCCAAGUCCAAGUAGCUCAAUAUCAGAAAGUCAAGAUAUGUUCCCAGACUCACCGAUGCACAGCAGUUUCCAGUUGUCGCCGGACUUCCGUCCGAGGGUGUCUUCGAACGCGUCAUCGUGUGGCCGCCUGUCUCCGAUCCCAUCAAUGAUCCCGACAGAACCUGAUUGGGGUCCAGAUUAUGCUGACUACACUACCAACGAUUACGCUCAAACGGACUUCGGACAAGACGAACUUGCUGGCUCUCUCGCCGAUUCCAUGAAACUGGCAGGAACAGAUCCAUUCCUUAACACGUACGUUCCAACAACCACAUCUUCGUCUUCGGGGGGCAGCUACCGGUAUAGCCCUUAUAGUGGGUGUCCGCGACACCCGCACGGGGGCUGCACGUGCUCCCUGUACACGCACCCCGCGCACCCAGCUCAUCCAACGCGUCCUCACCAACAUGCACUUGAUCAUUUCGUCAGGCCGCCACCUCCUGCGGACCCUGCUGAUAUUAUGCAAACAGAAAACAAUCAGCCGCAAAUGGUGACGACCUCAGAUGCAGCCCUUAUGAACGGCGGCAUGAUGGUACAAACAGGAGCGAUGGGGCCCACCACAGUGAUGGGUCAGAUCAUGGGCGCGUUAAACACGGGGCUCUCGGAAGACCUCAACAUUGAGACCCUCGACCACGCAUUCGACUGUAAUGUUGAUGAGGUCAUUAAACACGAGUUAAGUAUGGAAGGCACGCUUGACUUCAACUUCCCGCAGCAGCACAGUGGCAUGGCAGCGGAGGCUGAGAGCCAGUUUGCUGCGCCCGCGCCGCCUGUCCCGACCACGUUGUCGGGAGGCAACGGGGCUCGAACGCCCUACUCCGUCGCCCCCUCCUGGGUCCACUGA